UUAGUCCUGCCAGUCGGUAGUGAGAAUUCGCGGUGAAAACGUGGUAGUCGCAUGUUGUUAUACUUUUAUACAAGUAGUCGGCGUUAAUUACUCUUAUUAUUAUUAAUAAAUAAUAAUGCAUAUUUGAUAAAAAUUUAUUUAGCUUAUUAAAUAAAGUGAUUAAAUCAUCUGUCCGUGUAAUAAAUACAUAAAUAUUUAAAAAAAUGGCAAUGCUCGCAGAGCCCAGACGAAAACAAAGAUGGACGCUGAACCCACGAGGCAAACAGUGGAGUGACGAUUCCACAAAAUUCGGGCAAAGAAUGUUAGAAAAAAUGGGUUGGACCAGUGGAAAAGGUCUUGGUGCCCACGAGCAAGGAGCCACUGAACAUAUCCGCGUGAAACACAAAGAUGAUCAAGCCGGUCUUGGUUUCUCAAAAGACAAACAAGAAAAAAUGUGGACAGAAACACAGCAGAAUUUCAGUCAACUUCUUCAGCAGCUUCGAGCUGGAGACUCUCCGAGCGUAGCUGAAAAAUACGAAAACUUGAGUCUCAGUGGUAAAUCAUUGGAGCUAAAGUCCCAGCAGAGUCGCGCUCGUGUCCACUACAAAAAGUUCACCCGCGGAAAAGACGUGAACCGCUACAGCGCCAAAGACCUCGCGAACAUAUUCGGUAAAAAAGACUUAACCGAGUUGCCGACAGUAGAACCACCGACCGCGAGCUCCGCAGCAGAGCCGGUAGGCGCGGAAGAUACUACAGCAGGAGUCCUGACAAUAAAGGGCGGUUCGAUGGAGGAUUACUUCAAGAGCAAGCUUCCUCCCCAUCUGUCAAAGAAGUUUUCUUCAGAAAAAGAAGACUCUGAGAGCGAGGGCGAAAGGUACGUAGGUUUUGGUUUUUCUGGAAAUUCAAACUCGGAUACUCCCCGAAAGCGUAAGAGCCAAUUUUACGUUGACAACACUUCCGAGGCGACUAUUAUCGACGAAGUCCAGGAGCAAACGCCUAAAAAACAGAAGCUCCAGAGCUUCGCUUUCGAAAAUCCGGGACUAGAUCUUGUCUCUAAAGACUCUUCUGUUCCUUCGAACAAAAUGGAGGUCCCAAGGCCGUUUGUGGCUCUGGAAUGCAUUCCUCAGGAUCAGGAUGAGAUUCCUGUAGAACUCGAUCAGAGUAUGGAGAAAACUCCAAAGAAAAAGAAGAAAAAGAAAGAUAGCGAGGUUGGGUUCGUAAACGACGCUCUUAAUUUGGAAGCCAAAGAUGUCGAUAGUUACUCGGAAGCUUUUGAGGUUCCGAGAGAAGUUUUGGGCCUCGCUAACGACGCGCUCGACCUUACCGACGAGGCUAGCGGGAAGAAACGCGUUACUUUUAAUGAUACUGUUGAGUACAACACUGAUAAGGUUAAAAAGAAGAAAAGUUGCGCUAAAUUGGACAAAUUUGAGGUCGUGGAUGAUAAGUGUAAGAAAAAGAAAAAAGCUAAGAGCAUUUUAGUCAAUGGCGAAAGUAGCUUUGUUAAUGAGGCGCUAGAUGUCGAGAUUGUUAAUGAAGAAGUCUGCGAUAACGAAGCCAACGAGCGUAAAAGCCGCGGUAAGCGGAAGCGCCAAAAAAGGUCUAAUUUGGAGACUAUUGAGGAAGUUGAGGAGAAAGUUGAUGCUAAUAGUGAGGAUUUGGUUCAGAACACUAGCGAUAAUUUGGGAGAUAUGACUCUAGAAACUCCCAAGAAGAAGAAAAAGAAAAGGAAGGAUAAGGAUAAGGAGAAAGUUGAAGUUGAAGAGGUUAGGAUGGAUGUGGACGAAAUUGGUAACAAAGAAAAUUUUAGCGAUAGCAAGUCAGAAGGUGUUGUUAAGAAAAAGAAAAAAAAGAGCAAGGAACGUGAACAGGUUGUAACAGAGGAAAAUAAGACAGUUGAUGUUGAGGAUUUGGACGCUUUCUUGAGGACUAAGAAGGGAAGGAAGUCUCAGUUGUUCAAGUCGUUGUUCAAAAAGACCCCGGUUGUUAAUUUUGUUGGGUCUAAUAUUAAUAAGAUUGAAGGUUAUAAUGUUAGUGCGCCUGGGAAGGAUUUUUUGGAAGGUUAGGAGUGAGAUGAUGAUGAUUUUAUGGAAAAUUUAUUAAUAUAUUGGAAUGGAAGUUUAUAGACAAAAAAAAUUAACUUGAAUCUU